AUGGGUGUGAGAUCCAAUUCAAGUGAGAUGUACCAAAGAGAGCAGAGUGGUUCGUUGAACAAUGGCGGAUCGAGCCAUAGGAACAACAGCAGCACCAAUCUGGUAACAUCAUUGAUGAAGUCGUGGAGGAUUUCCUCUUCUUCCUCAACCUCUUCGCCGCCCCAGCAGAGCUCAAGAGACUCGCUGAUAAGCAUUGAUGGGAAUUUUGAGGCGAUGGCGAAGCAGCAAACCAGUGCGAAGAGGAGUUCGCCAUCCCCUUACUCCCCUAUGAGAUAUACAAGUCCCGGGUUGAGUAAUAGCACUAGUAAUCUGGGAAGUGGUGGUACCUCCAGUAGUGAUGCUCCAAGACCUUCCUUAAUCACGACGACCCAUCGUCACAGCUCCACUAAUCAUCAUCAUCAUCAUCGUAGGAACGAGAAUACUGGUGGUAAAAAAGUUUCGAAAUAUUUCAAGGAUUUAGAUGAAGAUUGGAGUGCGGUCAUUGACGAUUAUAAUAUGCCCAUUCCUGUUAUCAGUAAUGGAGGAAUUGCAUCCCCUGCUACACCCAAAGUUGGAAGGUCUUCGUCUAUAACAUCGACUCCAACAAGUUCGACAACAGCGGUAGCACCAGAGAAUGUGAAUCCUACAUUUUCCUAUCCGCAGUUGCCUCAGUUGAAAAGAUCUAUCAGUUCUGAUUUAAGGUCCCAACUAGAAAUGGAAAAUGAAAGGGAUGCUCAAGAAUUGAACGCUAUAAUGCAACGAAUAGCCAAGUUCGAUGCUAUCUUGAAAAACAAGCAUAUCAUCAAUCAGCAAGAGUUGAGGCAGAUAAGUUGGAACGGAGUACCUAAAUCACAUCGAGCAACUGUUUGGAAGCUUCUAAUCGGUUAUCUACCUGCUAAUACGAAAAGGCAGGCACUUUUACUACAAAGGAAAAGACGAGAGUAUCGUGAUGGAUUACAGCACAUCUUCUCUACUAAACAUUCCAGGGAUGUACCAACAUGGCAUCAGAUUGAGAUUGAUGUCCCGAGAACAAAUCCACACAUUGCUCUUUACCAAUUCGACUCAACGCAGACAAGCUUGCAACGUAUAUUAUACCUUUGGGCUAUUAGGCAUCCCGCAAGUGGUUAUGUUCAAGGUAUAAAUGACCUUGUGACUCCUUUUUACCAAACCUUUCUGACAGAGUAUCUGAGUGCAUCGCAGAUGGAUGAUGUAGAGAAUCUAGAUCCGAAAUCAUAUAUUACCGAUGAACAACUAAAAGACGUUGAAGCAGAUACUUUCUGGUGUCUAACGAAACUUUUAGAACAGAUCACUGAUAAUUACAUUCAUGGUCAGCCAGGAAUAUUGAAACAAGUAAAGAAUUUGGGACAGCUCGUCAAAAGAAUUGAUCAAGAUCUUUAUAAGCACUUCCAAAACGAGCAUGUAGAAUUUAUUCAAUUUGCCUUUAGAUGGAUGAAUUGCCUCCUAAUGAGAGAGUUUCAAAUGGGUACCGUCAUCAGAAUGUGGGAUACCUAUUUGUCGGAAACUUCACCAGAAACAACGUCAUCGGCAGCUAUAUCAUCAGAUCUAGUUCCUCCACAUACGCCAACAGAACCGAAGUCCGCAACUUUCCAAUCCCCAGCGCAAGAUUUUACUUCACCAACGUCUGCUUCGAGUAGUGCGAAGGAAGAAAUUUCCAAAAUGAGGCAGUCAUCGCUUAAUGAAUUUCAUGUAUUUGUUUGCGCUGCUUUCUUGAUCAAAUGGAGUGAUCAACUGAUGAAUAUGGACUUUCAAGAAAUUAUAACCUUUUUGCAGAAUCCUCCCACAAAGACAUGGCAAGAAACUGACAUCGAAAUGCUUCUAAGUGAAGCCUAUAUAUGGCAGUCCUUGUACAAAGAUGCCACUUCACACUGGCAGUAA